CGUAAAACUAAAUCCCUAGAAACCGAGAAGGAAUGCGCCGAAGAGAGGGUUGGGUCUAAGCAUAGCGCGGGAGAGUGUGUGUGCGUGUCUCGUUCUUUUUACUCUCUGGCUCACUCACACACACAUACAGAGAAAGAGAAGCUUCUUUCCCACACAGAUUAGUUCCCUCACAAUUUUUUUAAAUAUUGGUUGGUUUAAGACACAAGGACCGUUGUUCCCGCCAUGGUUAUGGCUCCAUUCAAGGAGGAGCAGCCUCAGCCACCGCCCAUCGACCACGCCACCACCCUCAUCUGUGCUCUCAACUUCCUCUCCCGUGAUCUCCCUCUCCCUCCCCACCUCCUCAGUUCUGUUUCUACCAUCUAUCACUCUCACCCUUCUUCGCAGAACCAGCUCCAAGAUGAUAUAGGGAAUUCUAGUGAAAAUUUAAUUACAGACCUUGAAGGUGCAUUGUUUAGGCAACGCCCGUCGGGUUCCGAAUUAGAGAGAGCAAGGGAAAGCCGUUAUCAAAAUCGGAUACAGCAUCGAUUAAAUGAACUUGAAGGAUUGCCUUCAACAAGGGGAGAGGAUUUGCAAACAAAGUGUCUGCUUGAACUUUAUGGUCUAAAGCUACGAGAGUUGCAUUCGAAGGUUCGGUCUGAUGUGAGUUCUGAGUACUGGCUGAAUGUUAAAUGUGCAUACCCCGAUAGGCAAUUGUUUGAUUGGGGCAUGAUGAGGUUGCAGCGUCCGCCAUAUGGUGUUGGAGAUCCCUUUGCCAUGGAUGCUGAUGAUCAAAUAAGGAAAAAAAGGGAUGCUGAGAGACUAUCGAGAUUAGAAGAGGAGGAAAAAACUCAUAUAGAAACUAGAAAAAGAAAAUUUUUUGCAGAAAUACUCAAUACCGUCCGGGAGUUUCAAUUGCAAAUUCAAGCUUCUGUGAAGCGGAGAAAACAGAGGAAUGAUGGUAUUCAGGCAUGGCAUGGAAGGCAAAGACAACGUGCCACACGGGCUGAGAAAUUGAGGUUCCAAGCGUUAAAAGCUGAUGAUCAAGAAGCUUACAUGAGAAUGGUGAAGGAGAGUAAGAAUGAAAGAUUAACCACGCUUCUUGAAGAAACCAAUAAACUACUAGUAAAUUUAGGAGCUGCUGUUCAACGUCAAAAGGACUCCAAACAUUCAGAUGGUAUAGAACCCUUGGAAGAUUCUGAAGUUGAUUUACCUGAGUCAGACGCUUCCAAGAAUGAAAAGGAAUCACCUCUUGAUGAAGAGAUGGAUAUGAUAGAUUCUGAUCAUAAUGGUGAUACUAGUGAUUUACUCGAAGGUCAGCGGCAAUACAAUUCUGCCAUACAUUCGAUUCAAGAAAAGGUUACUGAGCAACCAUCUACUCUUCAAGGUGGAGAAUUAAGACCAUAUCAGAUAGAAGGGCUCCAGUGGAUGCUUUCUUUGUUUAAUAACAACUUGAACGGAAUUUUGGCUGAUGAAAUGGGUCUUGGGAAGACAAUACAAACAAUUUCGUUAAUAGCACAUCUUAUGGAGCACAAGGGUGUUACUGGUCCCCAUUUGAUUGUUGCUCCAAAGGCUGUUCUGCCAAAUUGGAUGAAUGAAUUCUCAACAUGGGUUCCAAGCAUAACAACUAUUCUUUAUGAUGGACGGUUGGAUGAGAGGAAAGCAAUGAAGGAUGAUUUGUUAGGGGAGAGGAAAUUUAACGUUCUGCUAACACACUAUGAUCUUAUAAUGAGAGAUAAAGCAAUUCUCAAGAAAAUUCACUGGAUCUACCUGAUUGUGGAUGAAGGACAUCGGUUGAAGAAUCAUGAAUCUGCUCUAGCAAGGACAUUGGAAGCCGGCUAUCACAUUCAACGCAGACUCCUGUUAACUGGCACCCCAAUUCAAAACAGCUUGCAGGAGUUGUGGUCCCUGCUUAAUUUUCUCCUUCCAAACAUUUUCAACUCUGUUCAGAAUUUCGAGGACUGGUUUAAUGCCCCUUUUGCUGAUCGAGUUGAUGUCUCUUUAACAGAUGAAGAACAACUUUUGAUUAUUCGACGUCUACAUCAAGUAAUAAGGCCCUUCAUAUUAAGAAGAAAAAAGGAUGAGGUGGAAAAAUUUCUUCCCUCGAAAUCUCAGGUCAUACUCAAAUGUGAUAUGUCAGCCUGGCAGAAAGUAUAUUAUCAACAAGUCACUGACGUAGGCAGAGUUGGCUUAGACAAUGGUUCUGGAAAAUCAAAGAGCUUGCAGAACUUAACAAUGCAACUCAGAAAGUGUUGCAACCAUCCAUACCUCUUUGUGGGAGAUUAUGAUAUGUAUAACCGUAAGGAGGAGAUUGUCAGAGCAUCAGGUAAGUUUGAACUUCUUGACCGUUUGCUCCCAAAACUUCGCAGAGCAGGCCACAGAGUCCUCCUUUUUUCACAAAUGACGAGACUCAUGGAUAUUCUCGAGAUUUAUUUGAGACUUCAUGAUUUUAAGUAUCUAAGACUUGAUGGCUCGACAAAAACGGAGGAAAGAGGCACUCUAUUACGAAAAUUCAAUGCUCCUGACUCCCCAUACUUCAUGUUUCUCUUGAGCACCCGUGCUGGAGGUCUUGGUUUGAACUUGCAAACAGCAGAUACUGUUAUAAUAUUUGACAGUGAUUGGAACCCCCAAAUGGAUCAACAAGCAGAGGAUCGAGCACAUCGCAUUGGUCAAAAGAAAGAAGUUAGAGUUUUCGUGUUGGUUAGUGUAGGAUCAAUUGAAGAGGUGAUUUUAGAGCGUGCAAAACAAAAGAUGGGCAUUGAUGCAAAAGUCAUCCAGGCAGGACUUUUCAACACAACUUCAACAGCUCAGGAUAGAAGAGAAAUGCUAGAGGAGAUUAUGCGUAGAGGUACAAGUUCACUUGGGACAGAUGUACCUAGUGAGCGAGAAAUUAACCGCCUCGCAGCCCGAUCAGAUGAGGAAUUUUGGCUAUUUGAAAAAAUGGAUGAAGAGAGAAGACUAAAGGAAAAUUACAGAUCUCGUUUAAUGGACGAGCAUGAAUUGCCAGAUUGGGUGUACUCUCCCCUUCAUAACAAGGAUGAAAAGCUCAAAGAUUUCAACAAUGGCAGUGCUACUGGAAAGCGUAAAAGAAAAGAAGUUGUUUAUGCAGAUACAUUAAGUGAUCUUCAAUGGAUGAAGGCCGUGGAGAACGGAGAAGAUCUAUCAAGGCUUUCAGUAAGGGGGAAGAGAAGAGACCACCUCUCAUCUGACAACGCAGCACAAGCCAGCGACAAUUCAGGGGCUGAAGAAAGGUUCUUGGAACUCCGCGCUGAGAGUGUCCACAUGGCAAAUGACAGAACAAGUGAAGAUAGUUUCCAUGUGACCCCUGCCUCAAAGAAACCCAAGCUUGAAGGCGCAAAUUCCCAUAGGCAUGCAUACGAGGAUGUCAAAGGAAGUGGCUUGAACCAGCAUGUGUUAUCAUGGAACACUCACAGAAAGAAGAGAUCAAGCUAUGGUCAGAGUUCAUCAUCUGAUACCAAAGGACAGAGUUCAAAUGGAAGAGCUAGCUGGAACUGAUUCCAAUUAAGUUUAUAGUUAGUCGUGGCUGAUAUAUAUAUAAUUUUUUUUUUAGCAGAGCUAUUCAAUGCAAUUUUGGUUUUAGUUCCUGAGUCUAUCAGCAGCCAUUAGUAGAUUUUGUACUUUCUCAACAAAUGAUAAUGCUCUGAAAUUUAUUGUGGUAUUUGUAACAUGUCUAUCAGCAUUAGUGCAAAAUCAAUCAAUUUAUUUAGUAUUAUUUUUCUGGUUCAUUUACAUGCUUCUGUCCGGAUAAAAAUGGAAUAAAACUUUGUCAAAUGUUAUUAGACA